GUCAAUUGAGGCUGUUACAUCCACGUCAAAAUGCCCACCUCCACCAAUCCGAAUGCUAUCGGAAUCCACCUCUCAGCGGAUUUCCGAUGAACACAGUAAGCGAUUCACUUCAUCGGUCUUUCGUACACGACGAAGAACGACUGUUAGGCCUCCCUCGAGCAGUGCUACUCGUGGAGCGAGGCGAUGCCUUCCUCCUCCGCUUGGGUUUGGAAGGCCGUCGUCGGCUCCCCUCUCGCCGUCUCCACUCUCUCCUCCUCCGCCUCCUCUUUCUCGAUUCCUGACGCGAAUAGAGGAGUGAAGAGGACCAAUCGACUCGCCAGGUGCUCGUUGAAUGGCGAGUCUGCUCCUCGUUUGCCCCAUCGGGUUCAUUCCAGCGACCGAGCCGAGUUCGCUUCUGCGGCCGAUGAGCCUGUGCGGGUUGAGGUGAACAAAGGGCAGAAGUGGCUGGCUAUGUUUUCGUUCGUGGGAGACGAGAGGUUCGCUCCUCUUAGCCGGAGGCCCCGGUUCAGGUUGCGGGCCAAGCCCUUGCGGAGGCGUCCGCUGUGGGCGAGGAUCUUCUUUGCUUCCAAGAAGGUCAGGAGCAUCAUCCUGCUCAACGUCCUCACUGUCAUCUAUGCCAGUGAUAUUCCGGUUCUCAAAGAAGUUGAAGCCAUUAUGGAGCCUGCAUCCUUUAAUAUGGUGCGCUUUGUUGUUUCAGCGAUUCCCUUCCUACCAUUUAUCCUCCAAGAACGAGGGGAUAGUCAUACUCGAUCCACUGGAAUAGAAUUAGGUUUUUGGGUGAGCUGUGGCUAUCUUAGUCAAGCUCUUGGUUUGCUAACAUCUGAAGCCGGACAUGCGUCGUUCAUCUCUGCCUUUACGGUGAUCGUUGUUCCACUGGUGGACGGAAUGCUUGGAGCAGCUGUGCCUGCGCUCAUAUGGUCUGGAGCAAUUGUAUCUCUCAUAGGGGUUGGAUUUCUAGAAUGUGGUGGCUCUCCGCCUUGUGCCGGUGAUAUCUUGAACAUAUUAAGUGCGGUGUUCUUUGGGAUCCAUAUGCUUAGGACUGAACACAUUUCACGAACUACAGAAAAGGAGAAAAUUAUGGCACUCCUUGGCUACGAGGUGUUCACUGUGGCCUUAUCAUCGGUCAUCUGGUUUCUACUGAAAGAUAUUUUUGGCAAUGUGCAUUACUUGAACCUAGGUACAUGGACAUGGUCCAUGAUGUGGGAUUGGAUAAAUUCAUUCCCUUGGAUACCUGCAUUGUACACAGGGGUGUUCUCUACUGGUUUAUGCUUAUGGGCGGAGAUGAAUGCUAUGAACAAUGUAUCAGCGACUGAAACUGCAAUUAUUUAUGGGUUGGAGCCAGUGUGGGGUGCUGCUUUUGCAUGGUUUCUAUUGGGCGAGAGGUGGGGAAAAAAUGAAUGGAUUGGAGCCACUCUUGUAUUGUGUAGCAGCUUAGCUGUCCAGAUCCUUGGUUCAAUAUCUGACAAAUCCAAGGAUGAAAUCAGCAAAAACUAUUUUCACUUAAAUGCUCCAGGAAAGCAAAAUGAUCUCUCUUUUUCAACAGUUGUAGUCAACCAAAGAAAGAACGUCAGUGACUUGAUCAGGAAGCAGGACGAGUUAUAGUGAUAAUGGGCUCAGUAAUGAGGAAGAGUAGUAGUGGAGAAAGGUUCAUCUGUUCAGCCUUUUGUGAUCUACGAGGAUGUUUUCCCUCUUGAUGCAUCAGGAAGAAUCUAACAUCCAUCUAUUAACAUUCGUGCAAGCAAACCUGGAGAUUCUUCUCGGCAAAUGUUCUUGUUCAUUACAAUGAAGAUCAUCAAGUUCUAAUGCUCCAAGAAUAUGCAACCCUGCAGAUCUGAUAUUUGUAGGUAAGCCAAUAAGAUGUUCUGAUCAUGGAAAAAUUACUACUCCUGUAUUUGCAGGAUUGAAACAAUUUCUAUAUGGAAUGCUUGACUAAUUCGUGGAGUUCAGCUGGCAAAAUAAGAUCAUCAAACCAUGUACAGAAUAUUGGGGAUCAUGUAUAUAUUUACUGGAAACCCCAUUAUGAUCACAAUCCAUAAAAGUUUGCCAUCUUAUUUGUAACAUUGUCAAGAUGGUUCAGUAUCAUCAAUUGUCUUAUGAAAUCUGUGAGAGUUCUGCUUUUGCA